GCGUUCGCCAAGUGACUGUUUUGAAAUGUGCAGAAACCAAACGGUUCCACACAAUUAUUUCAACAGAAGGAAGUGCUGUCAACAUUAUGAGUCAUUUCCCACGUCUUUGCACCCGAUUGCUGUCAAAUUAGAACCACUCACUUGGUAAAUUCACUUAUCUGUAUUUAUUUGUUUAUUUAUUGUAGGCUGUAGUCAUUUGUACUGCUGUUGGUAGGAAUGCAGUGCUGUUAUUAAGUUUAUUUUAUCUUAAAAAGACUUAUAGCCAGUGGUAAAGAGAUAAACAGUGGUUUAUUUUUUAUUAUAUUAUAGGCAUUCUUCAUUAAAGAAACGGAAAACAUUUUUCUUGACUUGCAUUUAAUAACGUAAUCUUAGUAUAACUGUCUGCAAUGCUUAAAACACAGCUAAAAAUAACACAAAUCAUUAAUAAUUAAGGAAACAUUUCAGAACAAUUGUUUCUAAAUCUCUAAAUGUCCAUAAACUAUAAACGUCAUCACCAUUUAUCUAAAUUAAUGAACUCCACAAAGAAGAUUAAAUCGAUUUUAAACCGUAAACUUUUGUGUCACAAAACGUCUCGUUGGCCUCGUCCUUGCGUCACGCCGUGCGCGCUCCCGCGACGACGACACACGCGCGCGACUCGGCACGCUGCCCGGUUCGCACCUGAGCGGACGAACCGGUGUUUUAACGGGGAAAUAAGCUCGGAAAUCGGUGUUGGGCUUGUACCGGCAGCCGGAAAUGAGACGCCGGCGACGCGGCGCGUGUGUCCCGGUGUAAUGUUUGCACUUGCGACCGUUUCAGGUGUUGAGCUUGAAAUGAAUGAAAUGGCAGAAGGUCACAGCAGGUGUGCCGACCAAGAGAGACCUGUACCUGCUUCCAGCUCCCCUCCGUCGUCCCCCAGCUGCAGCUCCACCCAAACAUGGCUGCCAGCUGAAUCCCCUUUGAGGUCUCCCUGGAUGAGCGAUCGCGAGGAGACGCAGUCGAGUCCUCCGUUUCGUUUCUACGAGGAACUCUUCUGCACCGGCCAGACCUCCGGCGUCACGCUCCCUUUGACCGGCGCCCUCCUGACCUCCUCCGGGCCGCAGAGCGACGUGGUGAAGCAGGGCUACCUGGGGAAGCUGGAUCGGAACCGCAGGAGAUAUGUUGUCCUGAGGGCGGGGAGUCACACCGGGCCGAGCCGGCUCGAGUGGUACAAGAACCAGGAGAAGUUCACCGCGGUGGAGAAGUCUGCCGGUAAAGCUACGCUGUUUGGCUCGAACAAGCAAGGGGUGAUUUACCUGAGGUGCUGCCUUGGUGUGAGUCGGAGUGGCAGUUCUAGGAAAGGCCACACGGUGGCGCUGUAUGCCAAGGAUCAAACCAUGGUGCUGGUGGCGGAGGACCAGUGGGAACAAGAAGACUGGUAUCUGGCCAUUAAGAAACUGAUGGAGGAGGAGCGGAAGGAUGAAGAACAUGGCGAAGUGUUUGAUGAAGAGGAUGACGGGUAUUGCACCUUGCCCUCCGCUGGCUUCUUCAAAGAGGUGUGGCCCGUCACGGUGAAGCCCAUAGGUCUGGGCUGCUCCAAGUCCCUGGCCGGGGAGAGCCGGCUCUGCCUCACGGCCACGUCCCUCAUCUUGGUCCGAGUGGCCGCGUGCAGUAAUCUGCCGUCGGUUACGAUACCGUUGCUGAGCGUGAGGCGCUUCGGUCACUUGGAUGGCUCGUUCUACUUGGAGCUCGGCAGGUCGGCGCCGAACGGUCCCGGAGAGAUCUGGAUGGAAGCGCGGGACCAAGGAAACCCAGCAGUCGCCCAGCACGUUCACGAGGUGGUGCGUGAGACGGUCAGGGCCCUGCGAGCUCUUCCCGACUUCAGCCGUUCGCCGACCUCCAACCACAAUCCGCUUCAAACCCUUCUGGCUUUAAAACGCUGCAGACCCAAACACAGAGACAAACUGGUGAGUGCGAGGCCACCUGGUUCCCGUCUGGCCCUGCCCUUCGGGACGAGUCCAACCAAAUGUUACCUCGAGCCGCCCAAAACGGAGGCCGAGUCCCCUCUGAGCUCCGUGUCUGAGGCCGGCAGCUACAUGGAAAUGAAGAUGGACCAACAUCUCCCGGUGAACAGAGGGAAGGAAAGCGACUGCAGAAGAGCUGCCGUGGCGACGGGGCACCGCUGCAGUGUCGCGGCCUGCGGGAUGGAGAGCUGGGAGCCAGGUGAGGACCAGGCUUACAUGAUGAUGAUGAUGAUGUCGCCACCAGGAAGCCACAGUUCGCCUGUGCUGCCUCAGGAUGACUACGUGACCAUGGCAAGCCCACAUAAACACAACACUUACUCCUCACCCUCCUCUUCCCUUCAGACAUCCUUCAACAGCUCCACCUCUGACGGCUACUCUCCUCUGCACCCGUCACACCUUCAGACCCAUGAGCCCAGUCAGCCACUCUGGCUGGUCAGAAAACAGUCGGAAACAGAAGCCGGCCAAUCACAGAUGAGCAUCCGGCCGGAGCCGACCCCAGCCGAGCGGAGACCAGGAGCACGGACCGGGGCCUCUCCGUCUCCCGUGAGGAGUGUGGAUCGCUCUGGUGUCAUGACUCCAUCUGCAAGUGGACCGGACCGUGCCAGGCCAGUCCAGGCUAGUCCAAACUCUGGCAAAGGUCGGUCUCGCCGAGCGGCAUCGGACAAAUCUGUUCGAAGGUACCGGCUGGUCUUGUGUCUGCCUUCUUGCCUGCAAGCUGAGGACAGAGACUGAGCUGUUGUUGUUGUUGUUGUUGAUCGAUAAUCUGAACAGGAGCUACUUAUUUAUUCUGGUGCAGCAGGUGACGUUAUAGUUACAGGCAUAACAAGUACAACUAAUAAAAGAAUAAUUGAUUGAAAUAUGUAAUCAGCUGGGGCUUUAAAGUCUUACA